AUGCAAGGCUGGCGAAUGACAAUGGAGGACGCACACGCCGCGGUGCUGGAUACUAACGGGGAUGGACGGCCAGAGGUGUUCGCUGUUUUCGACGGUCACGGGGGCAGCGAAGUGGCAGCGUUCUGUGGGCGGCACCUACCAGCGCAGCUCGCAACGGCUCUCGAGGCCAACCCGGGGGACAUUCCCAAGGCUCUCAUAUCCACCUUCUUUAGGAUGGACGAGAUGAUGGCGCGCGAGGAGCACCGGGCGGAGCUGCAGCAGCUGGCGAGCGAGGGGAAGGAGAGUGAGGACGCGCGGCUGAGACAGGAGGAGCGAGAAGCGCGCCGAGGCGAGGGCGAACGCAGCGCGCUCGUUGCCUCUGUGUUCGGGGCUGGUGAGGAGGAGGAGGAGGAAGAGGAGGAAGAGGAGGAAGAGGAGGAAGAGGAGGAAGAGGGGGAAGAGGAGGAAGAAGGGGAAGAUGAGGAGGAGGAGGGGGAAGAGGAGGAGGAAGAGGAGGAAGGGGAGGAGGUUGAGGAGGGUGAGGAGGAAGAAGAAGAGGAUGAGGAGGAUGAGGAAGGGGAAGAGGCGGAUAGUGGUGGGGAGGUGGUAGGAGAGGGGCCUAAGGGCGGGGCAUUGGAGAGCAGAGCAGAUGCAGCAGAGGAAAAGGGGUUAGAAAGAAUACAGGACGGCGCGGCGGGUGGAGCAAGUGAAACGGUUGGAUGCCAAGGUGUGGAGCAAGGGGAGAAGCAGGGGCGGGAGCAAGGGGAGAAGCAGGGGGGGGAGAAGGAGCAGGGAGGAAGAAGCCGUGCAAAGCGGAAAUCAAAACCCAGGAGAAGCACUAGCGCGUUAGGCGCACAGGGGAAGGGCGCAUCUGCAGAUGAAGAGGAGAGCGGCAAGGGGAAGGAGACGGGGAAGGAGGGUGGGAGUGGUGCAGAGAAGGCUGAGAGUAGUGGAGAGAAGGUGGAGAAUGGUGGAGAGAAGGGGGAGAGUGGUGGAGAGAAGGUGGAGAGUGGUGGAGAGAAGGGGGAGAAUGGUGGAGAGAAGGUGGAGAAUGGUGGAGAGAAGGGGGAGAAUGGUGGAGAGAAGGUGGAGAGUGGUGGAGAGAAGGUGGAGAGUGGUGGAGAGAAGGUGAAGGGCGGUGAGGAGAAGGGUGAGAGUGACGUGUCAAAGAAGCACCGCCCUCCCAAUGCAGGCAGGCCUGUCCCAACUCCCCCAACCACCACCCUCUCCCUCCCUCGCCCCACACGCACCCACCAGCCAAUAUUCAUGAUCAAUAGAGGGACAGGGGCACCCCAAAAAGCUUAUCAUGGGCCCGAGGCGGGGUGCACGGUGGUGGUAGGAGUGGUGGCAGGGAAACAGCUCGUGGUGGCGAAUGCGGGCGACUCGCGGUGUGUGCCAAUCUUUAUGGUCAAGAAAACGACACCCCAGAAGGCCUAUCGGGGCCCCGAGGCGGGAUGCACGGCGGUGGUAGCAGUGGUGGCGGGGAGGCAGCUGGUGGUGGCGAAUGCGGGCGACUCGCGGUGUGUGGUGAGCCGGGGAGGAGAGGCGGUGGAGAUGUCGCGAGAUCACAAGCCCACCAUGCCGGAGGAGCGCAGGAGAAUUGAGCAGUCGGGGAAGUUCGUGUCGGACGGCCGGAUAGACGGCUGCCUCAACCUCUCCCGUGCCCUAGGGGACAUGGAGUACAAGCACAGGCCUGAUCUACCUCCAGAGAAGCAGGCAGUCACGGCAUUGCCUGAAGUCAAAUCGGUUGAUUUAUCGGAUAAAGACGAGUUCAUUGUGCUUGCAUGCGAUGGCAUCUGGGACGUGAUGUCAAGCCAAGCCGUGGUCACGUUUGUGCGAUCAAGGCUGGCGAAAGAGGUGCCCCUAACCGACAUAUGUGCACAGCUCAUGGAUGAAUGCAUUGCUAAGGAUGCGCACUCAUCGCCUCUCGGCCUGGACAACAUGACAGUCAUCAUCGCACAGCUCAAAGCCACCAUGUGGCAAUCCCCUCCUUUGCCUCCCAAAGAAUCCUGCGAGGCCUCUUUCACCUUUGACAAACCGACACAUUAG